UGGCUGGCCACGGUCAGUCGUGGGGAACUCCGGCUGCGUUACUGACCUGCGAGCUGACGGGCCCGGACCAUGGGGUGCUGCCCGGGGGACUGCUUCACUUGCUGCACCCAGGAGCAAAACUGCUGUGAAGAGUGCUGCUGUCAGCCGGGCUGCUGUGGCUGCUGCGGCUCCUGCUGUGGCUGUGGGGGCUCUGGCUGUGGGGGCUCUGGCUGCGGGGGCAGCUGCUGCGGAUCGUCUUGCUGUGGAUCUGGCUGCGGAGGCUGUGGAGGCUGCGGAGGCUGCGGGGGUGGCUGCUGUGGAUCCAGUUGCUGUGGGUCCAGUUGCUGCGGCUCCGGGUGCUGUGGGCCUGUGUGCUGCCAGCCCACACCUAUAUGCGACACAAAAUGAAGACCUUUCCCUCCACCACUGAUGCAGUCCCACCGAAAGCCUCCAUCUGCUCCAGGGGGACAGCCCCUCGUGUCCAGAACCUUCCAUACCCCCAAGACAGUGUCUUGUCUGUGAUUUGUAGAGGAGGGCUUGUUCUCCAACGCCUGCUCUGGUAUUUCAAGGCACUGAGAACAAGAGCCAUACUCUGAUGAAACAUUAAAACUCGGUCACAACAAAGUGAUCCUAAGCUCAAGGGUGAAUCCCCCAAUACUUUACUUAUUCACAUGAAGUUCAAUGUCUUGUACUAUAAGACAUCCUCUUCUUCAAGGUGUCUUUGGGACUGAUCCUCCGCCCUGGCUUUCUGCUGCUUUGAGAUGCAAAAAAAGUCCAUCUUCUUUGUGAGCCUCUUAAUAAAUUUGAGCAUGCUGGCAUAACCUAA